GUCAAAUUUUAGUUUUGAUCAUUUGAUUGCCGCUUGGCAGAAAUCAUUAUUUUGUAGAUUUUGAGCGAAAUAUAGUUCAGAGUUAAUAUUGUUGUCGUUACCACUGCUCAAUAGUAUUCAAUUUGUUGUUUAAAUACAAGAAAGAUAAUUCAGCAACAAUGCCCAGUCAAGAAGUUUUAACCACAAAAGUGGUGGUUCAUCCCUUGGUCCUGCUAAGUGUAGUGGACCACUUCAAUCGGAUGGGCAAAAUAGGCAACCAGAAGCGAGUUGUCGGUGUAUUGCUGGGUUGCUGGAGAGCUAAGGGUGUCCUGGACGUCUCCAAUAGUUUUGCAGUUCCCUUUGAUGAGGAUGACAAAGACAAGUCAGUCUGGUUCCUCGACCAUGACUACCUAGAGAACAUGUAUGGUAUGUUCAAGAAGGUCAAUGCCAGAGAGAAGGUAGUGGGCUGGUACCACACCGGUCCCAAAUUACACCAGAAUGAUGUAGCCAUCAAUGAGUUAAUCAGGCGUUACUGCCCCAAUUCAGUCUUAGUUAUCAUUGAUGCUAAACCAAAGGACCUUGGCCUCCCCACUGAGGCCUACCAGGCUGUGGAAGAGGUCCAUGAUGAUGGGUCACCUACAACAAGGACUUUUGAGCAUGUACCCAGUGAGAUUGGAGCUGAGGAAGCUGAAGAAGUGGGUGUCGAGCACCUUCUAAGAGACAUCAAAGACACAACUGUUGGCAGUCUCUCCCAAAGGAUUACAAACCAGUUGCUUGGCUUGAAAGGCCUGCACUCCCAACUCAGUGAGAUUAGAGACUACCUCGUCCAAGUUGGACAAGGCUCCUUGCCAAUGAACCAUCAGAUUAUCUACCAGCUGCAAGACAUCUUCAACCUUUUGCCUGAUAUAGCCAAUGACAGCUUUAUCGACAACCUGUACAUCAAAACAAAUGAUCAGUCCCUCGUAGUGUACUUAGCUGCUUUGGUAAGGUCCAUCAUAGCUUUACAUAAUCUUAUUAAUAACAAGAUUACAAACAGAGACGCAGAAGAAGGAAAGAAAGAAGAUAAAGAUAAGAAAGAAAAAGAGAAGAAAGAAGGAAAGGAUGGCAAGGAAGAUGACAAGAAGGCUGAAGACAAAGUUAAAGGGGAGAAAAAAGAAAAAGAUGAAAAGAAAAAGUAAUUUAGAAUCAUCAUUAGAAUAAGUUGUUUGUAUUGCUGAAUUAUUUUUAAAUAAAUUGUAUUUACUAAUUCA